AUGAAGGCCUUCGCUGCUUCAGGAUUGCUGCUGCUCAUAUUUGGGAUGUGGAGAUGUUCUGGGAUAGAGCCAGUAUCCGUGGAAUGCAAUUACUUUACAUUCCGUGUUAUAGCUAAAAGGGCACUGUUUUAUCCAGAUGAUCUCAUUGGCCCUGAUGAAUUAUUCUUAGGGGCAAGCUGCCCAGUAACUUCCAUAAAACCAGAUGAACUUGAGUUUUAUUAUGAUAUCGGUUCCCGUGGGAGUUUCAUACAGCACGCAUUUGAUGGAACUAUUGUUAAUACCUAUAUGCCCAGGAAUAUAUCUAUUUAUGCUGAGCUUCAGCUUCAGUGUGUCAUUCACAGAAUUUCGCGAGAUGAACUUGAUAACAAGCAAUCACCUGAUGAGUGCCUUGUGGAAAGUGAAAUUAAUGUGGGUAACCUAGAAUGCCACCCUCUUUCUCAAUGCUGGUUCCUGGUACUGAGGAGGUAUUGCCUUGUUUGUGGCCGUUUCCACUUCCCAGAUAACUGGUUAAUACCUUAUCAUGGACUCUACGAUCUUUUAUCAUGA